GCGAUACAUAUAUAGUGCAUGUAUAUAUAUCUUACGAUGUAUUUUGGAUGGUUCAAGAAAACAAGACGAUCUGAUGCAUUAUCUAUUGUGGAGCUGUUGGUUCGUAUGGACUGCGAUGGAUGCCAGAAAAGGGUGCGAAGGGCAAUUUCUAAAUUAGAGGGCGUUGACAGCAUGGAGAUCGACAUGGACCGGCAAAAGGUGACGGUGAAAGGGUACGUGGAGGGGCGGCGGGUGCUGAAGGCGGUGAGAAGAGGGGGGAGCAGGGCGGAGCUGUGGCCGUUCCCGGACGACGGCGAGUACUUUCCCUACGCCGCACAGUACUUGGACGAGUCCAACUUCGCCGCCACUUACAACUACUACACCCACGGCUAUAACGAGAGCAUGCGCGGCUAUUAUCCCACCCUGCCUUACUCCACCCUCGUCGACGACAAUGUCGCCUUUAGCUUUAGCGACGACAACGUUCAUGCGUGCAUCAUCAUGUGAAAGAAAACAUCACUUAUCCAACGUAGUACGAUCACUACAUGUGAUCUCAUUUAAUUUUUUAUCUUCGUUCUUCUAAAAUG